AUGAAGAGACUCGCUUGUGGCGAAGUCCUCCCAUCUGACAUCAAGUACCCAGCGCAACGCCUUGUUCUGGACACGCUGCAGUUUAGUAAGUUUGUUAUUGCUGCAACAGAGAGGGCUAGAGGAGAGUGGGGUCAGGCCGGGCGAGAGGCUGGUGUUGCGCCCACCGGAGUUGGGCGGGUGGUUCCUGAGCCUGCCUGGGUGGAAGAGGAUGGGUGUGGUCGACUAUGGAGCGAGGUUGCUGAGGCUCCAGGGGUGGGACCUACCCUGGAUGAGCUGAUUCCAGAGCAGCCAGUGCCAUGGGAGUCUGAGGGCAUAAUGGCCUUCACGGCGACAGUGGAGACAAUGAUGCAGUCUUUGUUCCAGUCACCUGUGGAGGUCACAGUGGCAGGGCCUUUGGGUGGUCCAGUGCCUGCACCUGAGGAGUUGGGGCGUGAGGUGGAUGUGAGUGACGAUGAGCAUGACGUGGAUGGGCAGCCAUCUGGUAAGGAUGUUGGGCAGUCCAUAGUGGUGGAGGUGCACCGUGAGGAGGACCCAGGUUCGUCAAUGGAGGAAAGUGUUGUCAUCAGGAAAAGGGCAGCAGUGACGUCAGACUCUGGCAAUGUGUUGACGCCGGCUCAACAUACAGGGAAGGUGUGGAUGGAGAUGGAUAGCAGUGUGGGUGAGAAAAAGCACGAGCACCAGGCAGUACAGGGUGGUCCUAGAAUCACGAGUGGUGUGCAGGGCAAGGGGGGUGUGAAAGGCCCCUGUGAGCUUGAUCAAGUGCGUAACUUAACACAAAGUCAACAUUCUUCCUUCCAGACAAGUCAGGUGUUUGACUUAGAAGAUACACAAGAUACUUCAGAUGUCAUAUGUUUACCUCUCGUGAAGUUCCACCGCACUGAAAAAGUUACUUAUCGAGAGUGUGAGGCUCCUCAUGUUGUGGUACACAGCGGUGGACGUCUGGGCAACAACAUGUGUCAGUAUCUCAGUGUCUUCCUCCUUCGUCACAUCUUCGGCAUCAAGGUCUCAAUCAAAAGCAGAAUGAAAGCACAACUGAGCGUAGCUUUCAAGAGCAUCACAUUACCAGUUCAAGACUAUGAGUGCUUCAGCAGAAGGACGCAGCGGGUCCGUUACAACACACUCUACAAGAUGCUCUACGCUGCUGCUGCCAACAAACUUCAAACAAACAUCGCUCAGAAUUUAACAAUGGAGCCCCUACUGAAGAAGUCGUACUACGUGUAUAACCAUCCCUGUCCUACAAACCUUAUCAUGGCUGACAGAGAUGUGGUGCGACGGGCCCUCACCUUCAGGGAUGACGUGCUGGAGAGGGCCAGGGACAACAUCAACAGGGCCCUAAAGUCCCUGAAUGCAUCAUUCACGCGGGAGAAGGUGACACUCAUAACUGUCCAUGUCCGCAGAGGAGACUAUGGCAAGUACCUCAUGAAGCAUUUCAAUAUGACUCAACUGGAUGACAGCUACUUCAAGAAUGCCUUCGAUUACUUUAGAAAAAGAGUUGUACAUGCAGUGUUCGUGGUGGUGAGCAACGACCACAGAUGGUGCAAGACACACCUCAACGAGAAAGAUGUUGUGCUGGCUGGUAACAGGAAAGACCCAGUGCUCGACAUGGCAAUACUGGCUCAGGGUGACCAUACUGUCACCAGCUAUGGUACCUUCAGCUUCUUGGGGGCUGUAUUAGCUCGAGGCAACCUGACACACCCGUUCACAAGGAAUGAGAAGUAUUAUGCCUACCACUGUGCUCACUCUCCUUAUAUUCACUAUAUACCCAGAAACCAUCACUAUUAUAUUCAUCGCAACAUCAGCAACCACCUGACAACGUAA